AUGCACCAGCUUCUCCUGCUCAGCUCCCUCUGGAUUUUGGUGGCAUCUCCGGCAUUGAGCAUCUUCCAGCGACCAACAGGGAGCCCAGCCCCCCCACACCUGCAAUACCUGCUGGAGCCCCUCCACACCACGGUGCACACACAACGAGGUGCCACAGCCACCCUACCCUGUGUCCUACGUGCCCUGCCCCGCAACUACCGGGUGAAGUGGAGCAAGGUGGAACCAAACAACUACCGAGAGAGCAUCAUCAUCAUCACCAACGGGCUCUACCACAAGAACUAUGGGCCACUGAGCCCGCGGGUGCGCCUGCGGCACAGCCACCGCUACGACGCCUCACUGACCAUCACCAACGUGGCUCUGGAGGACGAGGGACGCUACCGCUGCCAGCUCGUCAACGGGCUGGAGGAUGAGAGUGUCUCCCUCACUCUGCACCUUGAAGGCGUUGUUUUCCCCUACCAGCCCAGCAACGGGCGCUACAAAUUCAACUACCAGGAAGCCAAGCGAGCCUGCGAGCAGCAGGACUCCCGCCUCGCCACCUACCAGCAGCUCUACAAAGCCUGGACGGAGGGGCUGGACUGGUGCAACGCUGGCUGGAUCCUUGACGGGACUGUCCACUACCCCAUCAUCAAUUCCCGGGAGCCGUGUGGUGGCCGUCUGCUCCUGCCAGGUGUCCGGACCUACGGGGCCAGGGACAAGCAGAAGGACCGAUUCGAUGCUUUCUGCUUCACCUCUGCUCUUCAAGGUCUACUUCAUCCGUGGCCACCUGAACUUCAAGGAGGCUGGGCAAGCAUGCCGCAACCACGGGGCUACCAUCGCCAAAGUUGGGCAACUCUACUCUGCUUGGAAGUUUUCCCAGCUGGAUCGGUGCGACGGGGGGUGGUUGGCGGACGGCAGCGUGCGGUACCCCAUCACCACCCCCCGUGA